AUGAACUACCUCACAGCACCCGAUGAUUUCAGCCUCCUCUUCAUUAAGAAGUACAGAGUGGUGUAUACGAUUGUGCAGGUCACAUCAGUGCUCGCAUAUGCUCUCUUUUUUGGCUGUUGGAUAAUUGCCAAUCGCACUACAGAAACGAUGGUUUUCUGUGUAAUAACUGCUCCCCUGGGCAGCAUAUAUCCGGUGUGUAUGAGAUCUAUGGUGAUAAUUGAUCUAUUAAUUGUUUUCGCAUAUGCACUAUUCCUCUGCAUGCUGAAGAAGGUUCGAAUGAGUUACGACAAAAUGAAGACUAUUUAUCGAUCACUGAUCGUCAUCAGUCUUGCCGUAGUUCUCGGUUCACUCAGCACAUGCUUCGGCGGCGUAAUGGCUGAUGCUCUCCAGCUUGAGAUAGAAAGAGCAAAUGUGGAUCUUGUAACAGGACUGUUUAUAAACUCAGCUUGCUCCAUCAAUAUCUUCAUAUUUUAUGCUGUGAGCAAAGACUACCGUGCUGUAUUCCGAGAGUAUUUAUUUUGUUCACAUAUGAAAAACGCCAGUUACACUCCUGAUUCACGAGUAUUCACAAAGGCAGCUCAGGCCCUUACCACACGGUUCUCCAGGACUCAUUGUCAGGCACAAGGCUGCUCUACUAUUUCACAGGCCUUGUAA